AUGGUCCUCCUUCGUACGACAGACCGUAUCCUCGCCGCGUUCGAAGCUAUUCCACCUUCGCGACACGAGGAGCUAGACCUACCAACAACACUCGAAGUCCAAGGCCCAAUAGCCCACGAACAACUGAUCCGACUCGCCAGAUACCUCCAAACAGACCCGGAAUAUAAAGCCUCUCACACCCCAACAGUCCUUAGCUCUCUCCUCCGCGGCACGAAAGUCUAUGUUCCGCCGCCGCCAAAGAAGCCAGAGCCUAGCGCAGAAUACCUCGCCUCAAAAGCCCGCCUCCUCGCCGCAACAGAACAAGAAUCUUACAAUCGCCUCCUAAACCCAAACUAUCGCCCCAACGCCGACCACGCGGAUCCGCAUGCAUCGCCGUACACGGGCGGCCAUAUAGAAGAGGACACGUUGACUAUAUCGCUUGUUUCGAGCGUUUUCAUCUCGGUGAUUGUGACUGGGUUCGCUGUGUACGCUGCGCUGACUCGGUUCCCGACGCCGGAGAUACUGGCGAGCGAGGCGGCGAAGGUUCUUCUUGGACUUUUUGCGGCGUUGGGUGUUGCUGUUGCGGAGGCGUUUUUGUAUUGGACUUAUAUGGGGAAGGUAGAGAGGGCGAGGGUUAAGGAGAGGGCGGUUAGGGAGAGGAAGGUUGUUAUUGGGCCUGUUGGGGAGGAUGAGGGUAUUGAAGGUGUUAAGGUUGGGACGGAGAAGGAGGAGAUUUGGGGGAAGGGGGUUAAUGGGGGUGUUAGGAGGAGGGUUAGGGAGAAGUGGGAGAAGGGGAGGGAUGGGAGUCUUUGA